AUGUCUGACUCAGUCAUUCUUCGCAGUGUGAAGAAAUUUGGAGAAGAGAAUCAUGGUUUUGAGUCAGAUGGAUCAUAUAACAGUGAUAAGAAUUCACAGUUACAAAAUGAGAAGAAAGGUGACAGCAGUCAAGUUGGCUUCUUUCAAUUGUUUCGAUUUUCUUCAACGACUGACAUUUGGCUGAUGUUUAUGGGAGGUUUAUGUGCAUUUCUCAAUGGACUAGCCCAUCCAGGUGUGCUACUCAUUUUUGGCACCAUGACAGAUGUUUUUAUUAACUAUGAAACUGAAUUGCAAGAACUCCAGAUCCCUGGAAAAGCAUGUGUAAACAACACCAUAGUGUGGACCAACAGCUCCCUCAACCAGAACGUGACAAAUGGAACGCGUUGUGGGUUGCUGGACAUUGAAAGUGAAAUGAUCAAAUUUGCCAGUUACUAUGCUGGCACUGCUGUUGCAGUUCUCAUCACGGGAUACAUUCAAAUAUGCUUUUGGGUAAUUGCCUCAGCUCGUCAGAUACAGAAAAUGAGAAAGUUUUACUUCAGGAAAAUAAUGAGAAUGGAAAUAGGAUGGUUCGACUGCAAUUCAGUGGGAGAGCUGAAUACAAGAUUUUCUGAUGAUAUUAAUAAAAUCAAUGAUGCCAUUGCUGACCAAAUGGCCAUUUUCAUUCAGCGCAUGACCACGAGCAUCUCUGGGUUCCUGCUGGGAUUUUACCAGGGUUGGAAACUGACCUUGGUUAUCAUCUCUGUCAGCCCUCUCAUUGGGAUUGGAGCAGCUGUCAUUGGUAUGAGUGUGUCCACAUUUACUGACCAUGAACUGAAGGCCUAUGCCAAAGCAGGGUCCGUGGCUGAUGAAGUCAUUUCAGCCAUUCGAACAGUAGCUGCUUUUGGUGGUGAAAAAAAAGAGGUUGAAAGGUAUGAGAAAAAUCUUGUGUUUGCCCAGCGUUGGGGAAUUAGAAAAGGGAUAGUGAUGGGAUUCUUUACUGGAUUGAUGUGGUGUCUCAUCUUCCUGUGUUAUGCACUGGCCUUCUGGUACGGCUCCAAACUCGUCCUGGAUGAUGGAGAAUAUACAGCAGGAGCCCUUGUCCAGAUUUUCCUCAGUGUCAUAGUGGGAGCUUUAAAUCUUGGCAAUGCCUCUUCUUGUUUGGAAGCCUUUGCCACUGGACGUGCAGCAGCCACCAGCAUUUUUGAGACAAUAGACGAGAAACCUGUUAUUGACUGCAUGUCAGAAGAUGGUUACAAGUUGGAUCGAAUCAAAGGUGAAAUUGAAUUCCAUAAUGUGACCUUCCACUAUCCUUCCAGACCAGAGGUGAAGAUUUUAAAUAACCUCAGCAUGGUCAUCAAACCAGGAGAAAUGACGGUUGUGGUGGGAUCCAGUGGAGCUGGGAAGAGCACAGCCCUGCAGCUCAUUCAGCGAUUCUACGACCCCAGUGAAGGCAUGGUGACUCUGGAUGGCCAUGACAUUCGCUCUCUUAACAUUCAGUGGCUUAGAGCUCAGAUUGGAAUUGUGGAGCAAGAGCCUGUUCUGUUCUCCACCACCAUUGCAGAGAAUAUUCGUUAUGGCAGAGAAGAGGCAACCAUGGAAGAUAUAGUCCGAGCUGCCAAGGAGGCCAAUGCCUACAACUUCAUCAUGGAGCUGCCACAGCAAUUUGACACUCUCGUUGGAGAAGGAGGAGGCCAGAUGAGUGGCGGCCAGAAACAAAGAGUAGCCAUCGCUAGAGCCCUUGUCCGAAAUCCCAAGAUCCUGCUUUUGGACAUGGCCACCUCAGCACUGGACAAUGAGAGUGAAGCCAUGGUGCAAGAGGCACUGAAUAAGAUUCAGCAUGGCCAUACAAUCAUUUCAGUUGCUCAUCGCCUGUCCACGGUUAGAACUGCAGAUGUCAUUAUUGGCUUUGAACAUGGUACAGCAGUGGAAAGAGGCACACAUGAAGAAUUGUUGGAUAGGAAAGGAGUUUACUUCACUCUAGUGACUUUGCAAAGUCAAGGAGAUCAAGCCCUCAAUGAGGAGGACAUAAAGGGAAAAGAUGACACCGAAGGUGCUUUACUGGAGAACAAGCAGACCUUUAGCAGAGGGAGCUACCAGGCUAGUUUAAGAGCUUCCAUCCGGCAACGCUCCAAGUCUCAGCUUUCUUACCUGGUACAUGAACCUCCAUCAGCUGUUAUAGAUCAUAAGUCUACUUAUGAAGAAGACAGAAAGGACAAGAACCUCCCUGCGGAAGAAGAAAUUGAACCUGCCCCAGUUAGGAGGAUUCUGAAACUCAGCGCUCCAGAAUGGCCCUACAUGGUGGUGGGGUCUGUGGGUGCAGCAGUCAAUGGGGCAGUCACACCCCUCUAUGCCUUUUUAUUCAGCCAGAUUCUUGGGACUUUUUCACUUCCUGAUAAAGAAGAACAAAGGUCCCAGAUCCACGCCGUGUGCCUGCUUUUUGUAGCAAUGGGCUGUGUAUCCCUUUGCACUCAAUUUCUGCAGGGAUACACUUUUGCUAAAGCUGGAGAACUCCUCACAAAAAGGCUACGGAAAUUUGGUUUCAGAGCAAUAUUAGGCCAAGAUAUCGGCUGGUUUGAUGACCUCAGAAAUAGCCCUGGAGCACUGACAACAAGGCUUGCUACAGAUGCUUCCCAAGUUCAAGGGGCUGCCGGCUCCCAAAUCGGGAUGAUGGUCAAUUCCUUAACUAACGUCACUGUGGCCAUGAUCAUUGCCUUCUUCUUUAGCUGGAAGCUAAGCCUGGUCAUAGUGUGUUUCCUCCCUUUUCUGGCUUUAUCGGGAGCUAUACAGACCAGAAUGUUGACGGGAUUUGCCUCUCAAGACAAGCAGGCUCUGGAGAAGGCGGGGCAGAUUACAAGCGAAGCCCUCAGUAAUAUCCGCACUAUUGCUGGAAUUGGAAAGGAGAGGCAGUUUAUUGAAGCAUUUGAGAGGGAGCUGGUGAAGCCAUUCAAGACAGCCAUUCGAAAAGCAAAUGUCUAUGGAUUCUGCUUUGGUUUUUCCCAAUGUGUUGUGUUUGUUGCUAAUUCUGCUUCCUACAGAUAUGGAGGCUACUUAAUCUACAAUGAGGGGCUCCAUUUCAGCUAUGUGUUCAGGGUGAUCUCUUCAGUUGUACUGAGUGCAACAGCUCUUGGAAGAGCCUAUUCUUACACCCCGAGUUAUGCCAAAGCUAAGAUAUCGGCGGCACGCUUUUUUCAACUGCUGGACCGACGACCCCCAAUCAAUGUAUACAGUGGUGCAGGUGAAAAAUGGGACAACUUCCAGGGGCAAAUUGACUUUGUUGACUGUAAGUUUACAUAUCCUUCUCGACCUGAUAUACAAGUUCUGAAUGGUCUCUCGGUGUCGGUCAAACCCGGGGAGACACUGGCAUUUGUGGGAAGCAGUGGAUGUGGUAAAAGUACCAGUGUUCAGCUGUUGGAACGUUUCUAUGAUCCUGACCAUGGGAAGGUGAUGAUAGAUGGGCACGACAGCAAGAAGGUAAAUGUCCAGUUUCUUCGCUCGAACAUUGGAAUUGUUUCCCAGGAACCAGUGUUGUUUGCCUGUAGCAUAAUGGACAAUAUCAGGUAUGGGGACAACACCAAAGAAAUUCCCAUGGAAAAAGUCAUAGAAGCUGCAAAGCAGGCUCAGCUGCAUGACUUUGUCAUGUCACUCCCAGAGAAAUAUGAAACUAACGUUGGGUCUCAGGGGUCUCAACUCUCUCGAGGAGAGAAACAACGCAUUGCUAUCGCUCGGGCCAUUGUGCGAGACCCUAAAAUCUUGCUGCUAGAUGAAGCUACUUCUGCCUUAGACACAGAAAGUGAAAAGACAGUGCAGAUUGCCCUGGACAAAGCCAGAGAAGGUCGGACCUGCAUUGUCAUUGCCCACCGUUUGUCCACCAUCCAGAACUCGAAUAUUAUUGCUGUCAUGUCACAGGGGACAGUGAUUGAAAAGGGGAGCCAUAAAGAACUGAUGGCCCAGAAAGGAGCCUACUACAAACUAGUCACUACAGGAGCCCCCAUCAGUUGA